AUGGAGGCCUCCCGAUGCGUAGUGACCUGCGGGAUGCGAGGAGGAGCUCUCAACGGUGUCAGGGAUGACAAUCAAAUCAAGGCGCCGGAAAGCAAGAGAAAAGCUUUUCACAUGCCAGGGGACAUCUCGAAACGGCACAUAGGUAGCGGCUGUGGCACGGCCGAAGAUGCAGGAAACAACCAGGGCUAUAAAAAAAGCUUCAGAUCUAAGCAAAAUUCGAAGAUUCAUCUCGAACCAGAUGUUGCUGCAUCAAAAACGUGCAAAUCCGGUUCCUGGGGCAAGACUGUGCCUGCAGACACCCUUGAGGUCGGUUCGGACGAAGUUCGUUUAACUCCCACAAACGGGCGGGCAACUCGAGCAUCCCUUGCUCUGGGUUGGGGUCGCGUGUACGGAGUUCAAGAACUUUGCGAAAGGGUGCUUGUAGCGAUCCGAUUGGGGAAGAUAACGGAGGAGGUCUGUGCAAUCAGAUCGCAAAGUCAGGCAAUGUCCGAUGACUGUGCCGCAGAAACGUCUCUGGAGCCGCAACCAGCACCGAUUUUAGCGUGUGAGAUAUUCUUUUCUUGGGCGUUCUCCUCCCUGCACCGCUGCGAUGCCUCCCUGGCUGGUCUGCGGGACGGCCACGUCCGGUCGAAAUCACCUGAUUGAAAGGAUACCAGUUGAUCGUCUCCCUGGCUGCAGCGGCGAGAAAUGCUGCUCUGACGACAUGAUAGGCUCAGCCGGUGGGGUGCAGCUCGGAGUAUCCGCGAUUUCUCAACGGCUAAUGCCAUGGAUCCCAACCCAGCGACCCAGCUUCUCUCCUGUAUGCUGCGCGCUUGGUUGGUGUGGGGCCUCGCCGUCCUCAAAAUAGCUCCGCGGCUGUUUCACCGACCAGAACUCGUUACCCUCUCUAUCUCUCUCUCUCCUUUUUUCUUUUUUUUUUUUCCCUUCUCAGGGAAUUCGACGGUCAUGAGCGGUUGGCCGCGUUUCAACGGGGAUCUCAUCCUCCAUCACUGCUAAAACUACUUGGUUGUGAUCUGCUAUUGCUCGCCAAUGCCGAUAUGCACUAUGAGAUAACUAGGUUUCGCGGUGUGGCCAAGGCCUUGAGGAUAACUAUGGACGGCAAACUAUUCUAAAGACGCCAGCUAAAUGACCCAGGAUGGAGAUAUGUGCAUAUACUGGGUUAAUGCGCAUGAAAAUCUCCCGGACUCGCCGUCUGCACCAUCAUGUCGGAAGCUGACCGUACUAGUAUCCGCUUAGAAUCAGCUAGGGAUACAAAGUUGAGCAGGUAAAUGGAAUGAUCUGCCUGUUGUUAAAAUGAUUGCCUUUUAUUUCCCUUGCUACUAUUCCGGGUCCCCAGCUAGUGCCCAAUCACUCAAGGAGUCUACACCGAAUUGAACCCCAGACCGAUCCCCAAUCUUCC